AUGGCAAACCGUUCUUAUGAUCAGAACAAGGAUCUCCCACCCCUUCCCCAGACUCCUCCCCCAGUGAAGCCACAUGCAGACUCGAAUAGGAGCGGGCAGUCGACUAUGCCGAAUUCCAGAUCGAAAGUAGAUCGCUUAGGAUUUCUGGAGCUCGCUUCCGGAAUAAAUCCCAUUGUCGAUAUUGUCGCCAUUCACGGUUUAGGCGGACACAGAGAGAAAUCUUGGAUGACAAAUGAUGGAAUUUUGUGGCUACGUGAUCUCCUGCUGGCCGACUUGCCCAAUGCCCGAGUCCUAUCAUAUGGCUAUGAUGCCGAUACUGAUAGCCCGGAAUGUGUAUCCACCCUAACAUUGCGUCGGCAUGCAGAAGAGUUCAUAAGAGCGCUCUUAAGAAGACGCGCGGACCAUCCUCGACGACCGAUUAUCUUCAUAGCACAUGAUACAGGAGGAAUCAUCCUCAAAUUGGCGUUGGUCAUCUGCCACAGCCAACGGCUAGGAUCGAGAGACCAACUUCGAGACAUUCUGACUUCCACCCAUGCGAUCCUUUUCUUUGGAACACCGCAUUCUGGCAUCGAUACUUCCCUUCUUGAACAAGUCAACCACUUGGCCUCGGCCUAUAUGAAGAUGACAGACACCAUUCUCAAGGAUCUUCGGGCUCACUCGUCUGAACUCGAGGAUAUACAGAGUAUCUAUGUUCAGGCAAGUGUGGAGAUCCACUCCGUUUUCUUCUCUGCGGAGGAUACAAAGGCACGACUGAAUGUUUCGUACUCCUCAACCGCGAUUGCGGGCGAUCCAAACGCAACGACGAUUGUACUCCAUACCGGCCACCGUGAUCUGGUCAGAUUUGCACGGAGAGGCAACGGCGACUAUCAAACGGUUCUCAAAUAUCUCAGGAUGUACUUCGACAAUGCAGGUGUUGAGAUCAAGGAGAAAUGGGUCAAGGAAGAGCAACAUCGUAGUGUUGCAAAGGAAGAGCCCACUUCUGUCAUCGCGCCGAAGCCUUGUCCGCCUGUGUCAAGAGGCUACGUCGAGCGAAUCUAUUUGCAGUCGCUUAUCACGCAGAACCUUCUUCCGGAUAGUCCUGUGAAGCACCAGCCACGGUGUAUAUUACACGGACUCGGAGGUGCGGGCAAAACUCAAAUAGCGACAAAGUGGAUUCAGGAGCACGAACACCGCUUCACCCGGGUGAUCUGUGUCAAUGCCGAGGCUCAAACCCAGUUAGAAGCAGACCUACAACGUUCAAUCCGGUGCCUUGGCCCCGACUACAGCCAGAUGACGUGGGAAGAUGCGGUCGCAUACCUUGAUGGCAAAGAGAAGGGAUGGCUGCUCUUCUUCGACAACGCCGACUUGCCGUACCUCGACCUUCGCCCAUAUCUCCCUUUCUCCGCUCAUGGCGCAGUCUUGAUCACCACCAGAAACAGAGAGUGCAUCAACUACGCUCCCGAUGGCGCAGUUGCUGUCGGUCCUCUGGAGGAAAGCGAAGCGGUAAAACUGCUUCACACAACUGCCGGUAUUGCACCCCAUUCCGAUGCGCAAUCUCUCGAGAUUGUCAGGGAGCUUGGGAUGCUCGCACUUGCUAUCACUCUGGCAGGGGCGUAUAUUCGCCGUACACGAAGCCUGAACACAUUCCUUGACAUAUUUCGCAAAAAUCGGAACCGGCUUCUGCGCAGGCAGCCAGAUCUAGGCUCAGACUUCAAGUACUCGGCAUACACGGCGUUCGACCUAUCAUUCUAUCAAUUACGUAGAAGAACACAGGAGUUCUUGAAGCUGUGCGCAUUCCUUCAUCAUUCACAUAUUCCCCACUAUCUCUUUGAGAGGUCGACUGCUUUUGGCUUCAUCACAUACACAGUUGUGAAAGCAUGUCCACCGCCAGCGAGUGACAGGACUUUCACCUUGAAACUGGUGGAGAUCUUUGGGAAGACAUGGGACGAAAUAUCGUUCCAGGAACUUAUCGAGUCGGCCUCGCAGGCGUCAUUCAUCGAAGUUACGAUGGACGGCCAGUUCUACAGUGUCAAUCCUCUCGUUCAGAUGUACAUCCAGGAUUCGCUUUCUGUGGAGGAAAAAGGGGACUAUAUCCGUAUGACGGAACAAUUGCUGCUUGGUGCAAUUCGACCAGCAGAAGGGAGCAAUGCGGAGCUUUUGCCACUGCUACCGCAUGCUAACAGGAUCCCCUUGUCGGUGCAAUCGGAGAGCAUAGCACACACAUUGACUUUCAAUGAUUUUUACGAUUCUUUGGAGAAUUGGGAGACAUGCUCGAAGCUAUUAAAAUGCUACCUUGGAAGAUUUAAAAGAACCCAGGGCAAAAAGCAUAUCGACUCUAUAUUGGUGAUGGGUCAACUCGGCGAAGCACUGUGGCGCUGUGGUCAACUCAGCAAAGCAGAGAAGAUGCUGAGAGAGACGCUUGCUCUGCAACGGGAGAUCCUCGGAGAAAAGGAUGGCGAGACCAUAAGGACAAUGGCAUGCUUUGGGCUGACCUUGUGUCAUCGUGGUCAAUUUCAUGAGGCGGAAAAGGUGCAACGAGACGUGCUCGCUCUGGAAUUCGAGGUCUCUGGACCACAGCAUCCUGAAACCAUCGCGGCCAUGAGCAAUCUCGCGGCGACGUUGCGUGGUCUCAGUCAAUUCGCCGAAGCGGAGAAUAUGGAGCGACACGUAGUUUCUUGGCGGCUCAAGGUCUCUGGAUCACGGCAUCCUGACACCAUCCUAGCCAUGAGCAACCUCGCGGCAAGCUUGCUAGGCCUUGGUGAAUCUGCUAAGGCAGAACCGCUGGAGCGAGAGAUACUCGCUCUGCGGCGAGAGGUCUCCGGACCACGGGAUCUCCACACCAUCCAAGCCAUGGCCAACCUUGCGGCAACCUUGCGUGAUCUUGGUCGAUUCGCUGAAGCGGAGAAGAUGCAGAGAGACGUGCUCGCUCUACGGCGAGAGGUCUCUGGACCACGGGAUCCCGAUACCAUCCAAGCCAUGGCCAACCUCGCGCUCACCUUGCGUGAUCUUGGAAAAUUUGCUGAAGUGGAGAAGAUGGAGCAAGAGGUAUUUGCUCUGCGGCGAGAGGUCUCUGGCCCACGACAUCCUGACACCAUCGGAGCCAUGGGUAACCUCGCGCUCACCUUGGGUGAUCUUGGUCGAUUCGCUGAAGCGGAAAAUAUGGAGCGAGAUGUGCUUGCACUGCAGCUCGAUAUCUCUGAAUUAGGGAAUCCCGACACCCUUCUCGCGUCAUAUAAUCUCUCUCAUACGUUAUAUCGCCAGGGUCGGCUUGAAGAAGCAUUGCAGCUCUUGGAGGAGACAAUGAAAAUACGCCAUGAGGUGCUUGGCGAAGAUCACUAUCAUACUCAAUGGGCGAGGCAACUUUUAGGAUUGAUCAGAUCCGCGCAGUCUGUCCCUUAUUAG